AUGGGGAUUGGGAAUGGGGAAACAACACUUUUGUGGACUAAGAAGUGGAUCCCAGGGCACAACGCUUUAGAGCAAGAGGAGUUUGAAGUUUAUGAGUCAAACAAAAAUGAUGUAGUGGCUUGUUUGGUUGAUGAGUUAACAGGGACAGUGGCAAAUCGAUGGAUAUGGGAACAUGAGCGAGAUGGAAAGUUCUCUGUGAAGACCUGUUAUCAUUUUAUUGUUGAUAAGAUGAGGAGUAAUCAUGCAGAGUCCUCUAAUAUGCAAGGUCCGCAGAGUCUAUGGAAGGCUUUAUGGAAAAUGGCAAUGCCUAAUAAGAUUAAAAUAUUUGAUUGGCGUGCUUGCAAAGAUGGACUCCCGACAAAAGAAAACCUCAUGAAAAAGCAAGUUGUUACUGAGGGGCAUUGUGAUUUCUGUUCUCACCCUCGGGAAGAUCUUAAUCAUAGGAAAGAUCAAGAUAUGUUGGCUCUAUUUUUUUCACUUGCUUGGGGUCUAUGGUACAAGAGGAAUAAGAUGGCUUAUGAUAACAUUGUGAUAAAUCCAAAACAGCCUCCUCCUACGGAUGUUCUAAAGCUAAAUACUGAUGAGGCCAUGUUUGAUGAUUUAAGGAGAGCAGGUGUUGGUUUUCUUCUGCAAGAUGCAAAGGGAGAGUUGAUUGUGGUAGCUAGUAGGGCAGAGUUUGAUGUUGAAAAUCCUAAAGCUAUUGAGUUAUUGGUUGUGUUUCGGGGCAUCCAGUUUUGUGCUAGCAGGGGUAUUUCUAAUUUGCAAGUUGAAUCUGACUCUUUGUUAGUUGUUGAGUCUUUACGACAAUAUGUUUGA